ACCCGCAUCGCUAUUUUGAUAAGGCAAAUGAUGAACCAUGAACUUUCAAAUGUCCACCUCCUUUUGCUGACCAAUGGCACUCCUCGGCGCGGACCUCUACGUUUACGCACAAUUCCGACACUUUCGCGACGGCCCCUCAGUCCUUCUCUCUGCUUUACAGGAACUUUACUAUGCAGUGCGCUGUCAGAGCAGGCCUGAGUGCAGCUCACCGCGUAUUUCUCGCCAGACUCAAAACAUCACGCUUUAUUCAACUCCGCAGCAUGUCUCAGUCCAAACUCCCCGUCACUCUGCUGGGCUCCAUGGCUUUUGGUGGCCGCGCGGACGCACACCUGAGCUUGCGGCUGGUGCAGGUGUUCUUAGAGCGCGGACACAAUGAGCUGGACACCGCGUUCAUGUACAAUGAUGGACAGGCGGAGACCAUCAUAGGGAACAUGCAGCUUCCGAAAACAGUUCGAAUUGCGACUAAAGCAAACCCCUGGGAGGGGAAAACACUCAACCCAGAGAGUGUGCGGAAUCAGCUGGAAACGUCCCUGAAGAGGCUGCGCACACAAUGUGUGGACCUGUUUUACCUGCACGCGCCGGACCACCAGAACCCCAUUCAGGACACACUACAGGCCUGCGAUGAGCUGCAUAAAGAGGGCAAAUUCAAAGAGCUGGGCUUAUCAAACUAUGCAUCAUGGGAAGUGGCAGAAAUCUACUGCAUCUGCAAACACAAUGACUGGGUGCUUCCUACUGUAUAUCAAGGCAUGUAUAAUGCAACCACACGUCUAGUGGAGACCGAACUGCUGCCAUGUUUGAGAUACUUUGGCAUCCGUUUCUAUGCAUACAAUCCCCUGGCAGGUGGGCUUCUCACUGGGAAAUAUCACUAUGAAGAUAAAGACGGCGCUCAGCCUGCGGGCCGAUUCUUCGGGAACAGUUGGGCUGGUGCUUACAGAGACAGAUACUGGAAGGAGAGUCAUUUCAAAGGCAUAGAUGGCAUUCAGAAGGCUCUGGAAGCAGCGUACGGCUCAGAGAAACCCACCCUGACAUCAGCUGCUAUUCGCUGGAUGUAUCAUCACUCUCAUCUGAAGGGUGAUCUGGGUGACGGGGUCGUCAUCGGGAUGUCCAGCAUGGAGCAGCUGCGUGAGAACCUGACAGCGGCAGCAGAAGGACCGCUCAAACAGGAAGUCGUGGACGCUUUCACAUAUGCCUGGGAUUUAGUGGCCCAUGAAUGUCCAAACUACUUCCGCUAAACACCCCAUUACAAACAGAGAAAUUAAUAAUAAUAAUAAUAAUAAUAUGAAGCCUGAUUUAUAAGAACUAACAUAGAGAUCACUUUAUUUUUCUAUGUUCAUAUUUUGUGAGUGAACAGUGAUAAAUUGAGUUGGACUAGCCUUCUGCUUCCUAAUAAACACAAUGACAAAAUUAAACCUCUUUCUGAGCUCACUGACACUUGAUUUUUCCACGUUUACAAGAGAAUGCAAUAAAAAUAAUGUAAUAGUGGCAUCUUGAUGAAUCGCUGUGUUUUGUUGUCUUCUUGCCAAAAACUUGCUAAAAUAACUUAUAUUUAACACUAAAAAACCUUGUAUUUUUGUAGAAAAUUGUAGUUGAAAUUAGACACUAAACAGUGUG